AUGACGUGGAUGGCCGAGGCGGUAUGCUUGGGACUAAUUUUUGUGGGCUUCCGUGAUCUUCUAAGGACCUAUUUUCCGGAUCGAACGAUGCGGCGGUACGAAUCAUUAUUGCAAAGCGGGUGUGACCGUGCGGGUACGACGGUAGAAGAAGCAGAGGAAUAUUUCCGACUGGCUGCACUGAUGUUACCUAACGUCCGAGAUGAUUUCUUCUCACAUCUUGACGAAAUUGAGGCGAGAUCAGGCAGAAACGCAGCAGCUGAUUGGAUUCUUGCCUUGGUCAAGGGCGCACAAGAUCGAAUGAACAACAAUGGGCCCGAAGAACAAAUGAUGAUGGACCUAAACCAAGUC